UCUCUCUCUCUCUCAUCUGUAGGUUAUGUUACAAAUAUAACCUUGGUUUAUAACUGGUACUUACAAUAUUUCACUUCCUUAGUUACUUCCCCGCAAAGAUCUAUCUGUCUAUAAUUAAAAUGUUGCUUAUAAACUGACCUGUCGGUGAAUUGUGUAACAUGAGAGCGGAAACGCAUAUCAAUCUUUUUGGCCACAGGUCGGUGAGGCGCACUUCAGUUCCUCUGAGGUUCCAGCGUGAAACGAACAGCACAAUGGAUGUAAUAGUGAAAGAAGGCUCUGUGUUUUUACAGGGAGUCAAAUUCGGAAAGAAGAUCUGGAGGAAGAUCUGGGUGACGGUGUUUAGGCCUAGCCAGGUGGGAAUCGGUCGCAUUGAGAUGUGCGAUAUACGGGAGGGUGCGGGCGUGUCGGCGAAGCUUGGCGCCCUGAAGAAGGCGGAGAAGCGAGUGAUCCGGCUGGCCGAGUGCCUCAGCGUGACGCCGGCACUGGCUGAAAGCUGCCCGGCAGACUGCGCAGCGUUUUACCUAAACACGGCUCAGCGCACCUACACGCUGGCGGCACCGGUGGAGGAAGACUGGGUAUCCAUCAUCUGCUCGCUGGCAUUUCAGUGUAACCAGGAAUGUGGCCAGACUAAGAAUGCGCAGGGAGACGGUGGUGAUAAACGAUGGACGGUUGACGCGACUAUGACGGAAAACGAUAUCUACUCCUCCUUGUGUCCAGGUCAGUUCCAGGUGACGGUGGCGAGCUCAGAGGCAUCUGUGCGUUGCUGCAUGUCCGGUACGUACCUGCUGUCUCCUGAGAAAGAGGCCCUGAGUCUGCUAAACAUGAAGACUGGACAUGUUGCGUUCUCCUGGCCGUAUCGUUUACUCCGCAGAUUUGGCCUGGUCAAGGAAGGAAUAACUAUCGAGGCAGGCCGUCGGUGCCAAACAGGAGAGGGCCACUUCAUUUUCCUCUCCAAGCAGGGGCCACAGAUUUACCAGGCAAUCGAGGAGGCUAUCAUGCAUCAAAGCGUACAAGAUCUGCUUUCCAAAGCUACUGCACUGCCACAAGAAAAUACGAUCCAGCGGCCGGUGCAGGCAGCCAGUCCGGCAUCUCCAAAAACAGUCAUCUCUCGAAGAAACCUUGCUCUUCCAGCAAUCCCUGGCAUAAAACCGCCUCCCAGAAGCCCUCAACCUGAAUGUGGUCAAGCAGUGUAUGCCACAGUGAAGCCCCUGCCCAAACCGAGAAAUGUACCCCCACCUUCAAUUCUGCCUCUACCCAGACCCAUGACUGCGGUAGUGAGAGAGAUAAAGCCAGUAGGUUUGGACAUUAGUGACAAUAAACCUCAUUAUGACUCCAGUGACUCUAACCAAAGAACCCAGUCAAAUCUGGACACUUCUGGCAGCCCGCUGUACAGCUCAAUCAAACACGGUGACAGAAAAAAACCCGCUAGAGAUACCAGUCAAGGGCAUCUUAAAAACAACCAACAGAAUUCUGCAUUUUGCUACACAGCAGUCCCGGUCAACUUCAAACAAAUCCUGUCUGAAGUUCUGCUCAAAGAACCGAACAGGCCCGGACCGUCUCCUACACCCAAAUCAUACGAAGCGAGCCCAGAUCUCUUGGCUGAACCGGAUUACUAUGAGAUAAAAAAAUAAAACGUUCUCCACUAUUCAAAGAAACCCAACCCAGAAGGUUUAAAACAAUGUGGAUCUGAUUUCCCAGCUGAUGAUCUGAAAACAAGACCUUAUCUCGUUAGCUGAAGGUCCGGUACGUCAAAAAUGUGAUGACGUAGCAUGACUGUCAUGCACCAGAUAUUCAUGCGAUCAUUCACCAUGCCAUCGUUGUCAUUGAAAACGAAUGAUAUUGAUUGUACUCUGCCUGAAUGCCUUUUGAGUAUUGCUGUGCUAAAGUAUUGGCACCCUUGCAGCUCUGAUUGGGUUUGCUGGCCACCAAAUGUUGCUCUUGUGCUUAAUAGUUCACCCUGCUAUGGAGACAACCAACGGAGCCAUGACUAUUUUGAUGUUUACAUUAUUUACAAUUAUAUGUCCAUGUUUUAAAAGAAUCUUGAACAUAAUGUAUAUUUUAGUAGUAAAUCACUGAUCGUGCUCAUUACAAGUCAUCAGCUCGAAGCCUCUAGAGAACAGAUUGGCAUAAUGACGUGCAACAGUUACUUGUCGGUGCUGAACAGAUCGUUCUGGAUUAGCUGAAACUCCCUGCAUGAGCUCAGGGUUGGCUGUCUGCGAUUAGAUUCAGGCCCUUUCUUUGCACCAUCCAUAUUGUAACUGUAAUAUAUGUACAAAAAUAAAAUAAAAAAAGAUAUUUGUGCUUAUACAGACA